AUGGACGAGCUACUGGGAGAUGCACUGAAUGAAAACAAUCAAGCAGGCGAGGGCGUUGUCGAAUCAGAAAGAUUGGUCACACCCGAGGAUGUUAUGACCAUAUCUUCAUUGGAACAACGGACUCUGAAUCCUGGUAUGUUUUUAUACAAAGAAUUGGUGAAGGCACACUUAGGUGAAAGAGCGGCGUCUGUAAUUAGCAUGUUAGUUGCGCUUGGGAGAUUGAGUGUGCGAGAACUGGUGGAGAAAAUAGAUGGAAUGGACGUAGACAGUACCAAGACCACACUGGUGUCAUUAACGCAAUUGAGAUGUGUCAAGUACUUGCAAGAAACGGCGAUAUCCGGGAAGAAGACAACAUACUAUUACUAUAACGAGGAAGGAAUUCAUCUUUUGCUCUACUCAGGGUUGAUUAUUGAUGAAAUUAUUAGCCAAAUGCGUGUUGGUGAUGAAGAGGAGCAUAAGCAGAUGGUGGCUGAAAUUGUGCAGAACGUUAUAUCAUUAGGCUCCUUGACCGUGGAAGAUUAUUUAAGCAGUGUCACAUCAGAUUCCACAAAGUACACCAUCUCAUCAUUAUUUGUGCAGUUGUGUGAAAUGGGGUAUCUGAUUCAAAUAUCUAAAUUGCAUUAUACCCCAAUCGAAGAUCUGUGGCAGUUUCUAUAUGACAAACAUUACAAAGCUAUUCCUAGAAAUUCCCCGCUAUCUGAUUUGAAGAAGAGGUCUCAAGCAAAAAUGAAUGCAAAAACUGAUUUUGCUAAAAUAAUAAAUAAACCAAAUGAACUUUCACAAAUCCUAACAAUUGAUCCGAAGACUUCAUUAAGGAUUGUAAAACCUACAGUAUCCUUGACAAUAAAUUUGGAUAGGUUCAUGAAGGGCAGAAGAUCUAAACAAUUGACUAAUUUGGCCAGGACGAGAGUCGGCUCAGUGACAGCUCAGGUUUACAAAAUUGCAUUAAGGCUCACAGAGCAAAAAUCUCCUAGCAUUAUAGACCCACUCACUCAAACAGGACUUUUACAAGAUUUAGAGGAGGCUAAAUCCUUUCAGGAUGAAUUAGAACUUGUCGAGGAGAAGACUCCAGGACUUACUUUUAAUGCUAUUGACUUGGCCAGACACAUUCCCACUGAAUUGGAUUUGCGUGGCAGUUUGAUAACCAGGAAGCCAUCAAAUAAUAAAAAACGUUCUAGUCCAAACGCUGUUACACCUUUGCCUGGUAAAAAAUUGAAAACCGAGGACGGAUUUGUGAUUCCUGCGUUACCUGCUGCUAUAACUAAAUCCCUCCAAGAGAGCGAAGAUACACAACAAGAAGACGAAGACGAAGACGAAGAUGAUCUAGACGCAGAUACUGAAGACCCUCACUCGGCCUCUUUGAUAAAUAGUCAUUUAAAACUCUUAGCAUCAUCAAAUUUCCCCUUCUUAAGUGAAACCAAACCGGGUGUUUAUUAUGUUCCAUAUAGUAAACUAAUGCCGGCGUUAAAAUCAUCCGUUUAUGAGUAUAUAAUUGCUUCAACGUUGGGGCCAUCUGCCAUGCGUUUAAGCCGUUGCAUUCGCGAUAAUAAAUUGGUUUCCGAAAAAAUCAUCAACUCAACUGCGUUAAUGAAGGAAAAGGAUAUAAGAUCUACCCUGGCAUCUCUAAUUCGGUACAAUUCUGUGGAGAUCCAAGAAGUUCCUAGAACUGUUGACAGAUCUGCAUCUAGGGCAGUUUUCUUAUUCAGAUGCAAGGAAACGCAUUCCUAUAAUUUCAUGAAGCAAAACCUGGAAUGGAAUAUGGCAAAUCUACUCUUCAAAAAAGAAAGAUUAAAACAAGAAAAUUCUACCUUAUUAAAGAAGGCAAACAGAGAUGACGUUAAGGGAAAAGAAAAUGAAUUAUUAUUACCAAGUGAAUUAAACCAAUUAAAGAUGGUUAAUGAAAGAGAACUGAACGUCUUUGCACGUUUAUCGAGAUUACUUUCACUUUGGGAAGUUUUCCAAAUGGCAUAA